CCAGCAGCCAAGGAUCCACAGGAGACCGCCCAAUGCUCGCAGCGUUUUGGCUCGCUCCCCCCGUCGCCAAUCUGUCGUUUCCUUGGAGAUAUGAUCUCGGUGCCACUGCCCACGGAGUUUUGCCAGGCGCUGGUAAAGUCCGAGACCUUGGCCCCAGAGCUGGUGGCGGAGGCGGUGCUGAGGCGGCUGCAGCCCAGCGCCAGCUUGAUGCACCAGACUUCCCGGCCUCUUCCAGAGUUGCACGGGGGGCCGGAGGGCUUGUACUGCCGUGACCUCACCGGCAGGUGGCGGUCCCUCCAAGAGCCGGGCGCUCGGCGCUCCGCAUCAGCUGCUCCGGCACCUCGAGUGCGAGAGGCCGGAGACGUCGCCCCGCAACCAGCGCCAACGCAGCCAGCGCCGCUGGCUGCAGCGCCACCGCAGGCGAGCGAAGAUCCGGAGGUGCGAGCAGCCCAAGAGGCCUUGCGCCAAGCCACGGCUGAGACCUCCAAGCUGUGGGAGGCUGCCAAGACCACGCUGAACCCGGAGACCUUCGCAGCACUGAAGCGCGGGGCGGAGCUGGAGCGUUUGCAGCGUGACUUGGAGAACGAGAAGCUGCGGCUCCAAAGUUCCUGGACGCUGCUGCGGGGCAAUUGCGACCGGAAGCAGAUGGGGGAGAUCACACGCCUCGCUGCGGGCUGCGAGGCCGGCCGCGCCCUUUCCGUGGAGAAGGCUCGAUACCUCUUUGACCCACAGCCCACAGCGACGGCACGCCGAAGACGAUUCAGCAGAUCGGAGAAGGAGGAGAAGCCCCGCUUGCCCCCAAGGCCCCGGGUCAAGGAGGAGGCUGCGAUGGGAGGAGCCUAAGGCGUACUCACCAACGAGGUGCCAUUCGCCCCAUCUGGGACAGGCGCAGAGCCUGCGGAAGGAGGUGAACCGGAAUUCAGCUUAAUUCGGAUGGAUCGAUCUGGCAGGGGGCUCACGUUGCUUCAAAAGCUUCUUGGG